UUGGUUCGGUCCAUCAGAGUUGCUCUAAGUUAGUGAAAGCAUAUACGGCAGAGCACAAGCGGAUGAUCCAUCCAGAAUACCAGACGCAGGCAAGAGGCUCCGCGUUUCAUUUGGGUUCCUUUUUCUUUCUGAAAGGAAUAAAAAAUGAGAAAGGCUGCGCUACUUUUCAGACCACGUACACCCCUGCUUGCAGUACGGACCCACCUGCGUCGGCGGCCCACGUGUCGGUGGGGUGGAGAGAGCUAUUCCGUGGUGUGGAGGCGGAGCUGCUGGUGGUCGCCUCAGUGGUGGCGAAUAAAUCUGAUGACCAUAAUAACGCCCGGAGAUGCAGAGGUGAGUUGACACCCACCGUGGCCAACAAACUCCAGUCGCUGCCUCGUGCUCUGCCUUUUAUACGGCGCGCCGCCCGGCCAUCUCGUACGGUACCUCGCCGGCAAUGGCGGCGGCGACGGCGUGGGUGCGCUCCCUCAGCUGCAAGUACUCUACCGCCGUCGCUGACGACGCCUACAGCCCGCCGCCGCCCAAGAAGCACCCGCCCACGCCGCAGGUCAAGGGUGCUGCUUCCGUGCCGCCGGAGAGGGAGAGGGACCGGGAGAGUCGGCGGUCUGGGUCCAUGUCCAGCGAGCGGGACCGGCCCGCUACUGCUACGGCUAGGAAGACGAAGAAGAAGAAGAAGGAGGAGGAGGACGCCACGUCUAAGCUCGCGAGGAAAGAGAAGCCCAGGCAGCGGCUCGCGGCGUUGCCGGCGCGCGCGAGCUCGGCGUUGCUGGAGAUGACGGAGCUGCCCGAGGGCCACCCGUCGCGGCGCGUGGUCGAGCUCAUCUUCGCGUCGGGGUGGGCGCGCGCCGACACUCCGGGGCCGGAGGCCGAGGUGGAGGCGCUCUUCCGGGUGCACGGCACGGCGCGCGCGCUGGCGCGGUUCGAGGCCGCGCGCGCCGCCGCCCGGGCGCGUGGCGAGGCCGCGGCCGACGCGCGCUGCGCCGCCGACGGGAACGAGGUGAUGCGGUUCCAGUGCCGCCCCGCCGCGGAGGCCGGGGGCGGCAGCGAGGUGAUCUGCGCCGCCGUCGCCACGUGCCACGCAGCCGGCGCGGCCAGGGCCGUGCGCACGUUCGCCAGCAGCGCCGCGGCGGACGCGGGCAGCGCAACGGAAGGCCGCAGGGGCAUGCUGGUGUGCCGCGUCAUCGCCGGCCGCGUCCGUCGGGCCGACACCGAACGCCAUGCCGAGGACGGCGGCGAGUACGACUCGGUGGAGGCAGGGGACGGCGAGCUGGUGGUGCUGGACCGGCGCGCCGUGCUCCCCUGCUUCCUCGUGGUCUACAGAGUCAUCAAGCCUCCCCCGGAGGAGCUCUCUCCCUCGUGCUCCACCAGCCGCCAUUCCCGCUGACUGACCCGAUCGACGCCUGCGCCGGUCGCCACCAAAGACUCCACCGACUAAUCCACUAACCGUUAGCUAGGCUUGGAUCGAUCCAUCUGAUCGACUCGAUGCAAGGUGUGCAUGUGAGACUGUAAAAAAACUCCAUCGUUCAUCACCCCCACGAUUGUUGACCGAAAUUGUACCAUACAUCAAACAAAUGCACCUACUUCUUUUA